AUGGCUAUUCACCUCUCAGGGGCUACUGCUUUUGGCCUUUUAGGAAACAUCAUUUCCUUCUUGGUCUGCCUUGCUCCCUUGCCGACAUUUUAUCAAAUUUAUAAAAAGAAAUCAACCGAAGGGUUUCAAUCAGUUCCUUACGUGAUUGCACUCUUUAGUGCCAUGCUUUGGAUAUACUACGCACUCCUUAAGGAGAAUGCUAUGCUUCUCAUCACUAUCAACACUUUCAGUUGCGUCAUAGAGACUGGCUACAUUGCUGUGUAUCUCUUUUAUGCACCAAAGAAAGCUAGGAUCGUGGCUCUUAAACUUGUUCUCCUGUUCAACGUAUUUGGGUAUGGUGUGAUCUGCCUCGUCACUCUCUUUCUAGCAAAAGGUGCAAACCGUAUCAAGAUUCUUGGAUACAUAUGCAUGGCAUUUGCUCUGAGCGUAUUUGUUGCUCCUCUUUGCAUCGUGAGAAAAGUUAUACGAACCAAGAGCGCUGAGUUCAUGCCAUUUCCUUUAUCAUUUUUCCUAACGUUAGGUGCAGUCAUGUGGUUCUUCUACGGUCUUCUGAUUAGGGACUUGAACGUUGCUAUUCCGAAUGUACUAGGGUUUAUCUUCGGUGUUUUCCAAAUGGUGCUUUACAUGAUCUAUAAAAACCCUAAGAAAGUUCUGGAUCAACAACCAAAACUUCAGGAAUUAUCAGAACAUAUAGUUGAUAUCGUGAAACUAAGCACAAUAGUAUGUUCAGAACUGGCUUUAGUGGUUCCACCGUUGAAUGCUGUUGAAAAUGAAGUUAUAAUUGAAGAUCAGACAAUCGGGACGAAACAAAUUGAAGAAAUUACCAGGGCCAAGCAAAUUAUGGAUCCUUCCACUGAAGUUUAG